CCUUGUUUUUUACUCGAAACUCAGAUAUCGCUUAUCCGCUUUUGAUAGCAUUAUGUGGCUGUGGUUUUCGCUAUUUCCGUUGCUGCUGCUACUUCCGGUUAUCUGCAGUGGAGAGCUUUAUUCAGUCCCGUUGCAUCGUUUUCCCUCCGCCCGUCAUCGCUUUGGGAUGCUGGGCAUCCGGAUGGAUAGACUGCGUUUGAAAUACACCGAGGAGCGGGGCAAUAGUUGGGAGGAGCUACACCAAGAGCCCAAGGGUGUGCCGCUGAGCAAUUACCUAGAUGCCCAGUACUUUGGACCCAUCACCAUUGGCUCCCCGCCGCAGAGCUUCAAAGUGAUCUUUGACACAGGCUCCUCGAAUCUGUGGGUGCCCUCCGGCAGCUGUGCCUACUCAAUGGUGGCCUGUCGUGUCCACAAUAGAUACUUCUCCAAAAAGUCAUACUCCUACCAGGCUCAAGGACACCCAUUUGCCAUCCAUUAUGGCAGUGGAAGCCUUUCGGGUUUCCUCUCAAAGGACACUGUCGGAGUGGCUGGUCUGCAGAUUGAGAAUCAAAUAUUUGCAGAGGCCACGGAUAUGCCGGGACCGAUCUUCCUGGCCGCCAAGUUCGAUGGGAUUUUCGGUUUGGGCUACAGGAGCAUUUCCAUGCUGCGGGUGAAGCCCCCGUUUUACGCGAUGAUGGAACAAAACCUACUAGCAGCACCCGUCUUUAGUGUCUACCUGAACAGGAAGGGUAAAUCGGACGGAGGUUACAUCUUUUUCGGUGGCUCGAAUCCAGACUACUAUACCGGCAACUUCACCUAUGUCCAGGUGAGCUAUCAAGCCUAUUGGCAGGUGAAAAUGACCUCGGCCAUUAUCAAGGGCAUGGAACUGUGUCAGAAUGGCUGCGAGGUGAUAGUAGACACGGGCACAUCCUUCUUAGCUUUGCCCUACGACCAGGCCAUAGUCAUUAAUGAAUCCAUUGGCGGAAGACCCUCGCCGUAUGGCCAGUUCUUUGUGAAUUGUAAUGCGGUUUCCAAACUGCCCAGAAUCACCUUCACAUUGGGAGAUCGCCAAUUUUACCUGGAUGGUCCCGAUUAUGUUUUUCGGGAUCGAAAGAUGUGCUUUUCCGCCUUCAUUGCCGUGGAUCUGCCCUCGCCUCGCGGUCCCCUGUGGAUUCUGGGGGAUGUCUUUUUGGGCAAAUACUAUACGGAGUUCGACAUGGAGAGGAAUCGCAUUGGCUUCGCUGAUGCCAGGAGCUGAGGCCAUGUCUGCUGUUUGAUGGGCUCCUUGUUAUUUCAACGACUGGUUGCCAUAACACGUAAAAAAAGCUUGCAAACAAAGAGGGAAAAACAAGGUGUACGGAUAUCCCAUGUGGGCUUGGGGAUACUCUUCAUGAAGUUAUUUGAU